GAUUUUGCCUCAUCCUAAAGAUGCUCCCUAUAGUUGCUGCUGGCCAGGCAUGGGAGAAGAGACAUGGCUCAUUCCAGAGAGGCUCUGUGCCUCCAAAGUACCAGCCUUCACCACCUUUUUCCUCCCUGCCCACAGGCCACAGUGCCUGGUGCUCACCAGCCCUCCCAAUUUUCACCCAGCCCUGAUGGACUUCAUGAGGACCUUCACCAAGAACCUCAGCCUGAUGCUCUGCAGCAAUGUGCUGAUUGGACUGUGGAAGCAAAAGAUGCCAGAGUCCUGGCUGACAGCAGAUGUCUGCACCAAGUGCCUUAUGAAGAGGAAGAUCAAGUCUUUCUAUAUGGAUGUGGUAGCUGAAAAUCUUUGAAGUGGUG